AUGGCCACUCCAUUCUCUCCGGACAUAAUGGAAGUUCCUCUUCCAAAAGAUUUUCGACUGCCCACCAUCAAGGCCUACACUAGUACUUCUGACUUGCGUGCCCAUAUGACGAGAUACAAAGCAACCGUGGUGAUGAUUGGGGCAAGUGAUGCCAUCAUUUGCAGAGCGUUCUUGUCCACUUUGGACGAAACGGCGCAAGAUUGGUUUAACACAAUCCCGGACGGAUCAAUUCAGACCUUUGCAGAGCUGUCCAAAAGUUUCUUGACCUAUUUCUCCGGAAAUAUACAACAUAAAAAACCAUUCUCGCAUCUUUGCGGGGCAGCAAUUCUCAUCUUCAUCCAAGCACUAAGGUCAGGAAAUUUUCAUAGACAGCUGAACACUCACCAUCCACGCUCCUAUGAGGAGCUAAUGAGGAUAGCACACCGCUAUGCUGAGGCCGAGGAGGCUGAUAGAAAGAAGAAAGAUGAGGAAGAUGGCAGGAAGAGUGUGCAACCUGACAAAAUUGGUCCAACCAACCAUGCACCACACCCAAACCAGUUAUCCGCAACGAAGGGGAAAGUUCAAGAAAGGCCUCGUCUCGCCCCACCACGACACUUAACACCUCUUACUCACCCGAGCGGAUACUUUACUCAAUUCGUUAAGUAUCCGGGACAGUACCAGCAUCAACAAGGCCUACCUGACAAUGUGUGGCGAAAGGAAGAUCCUGAGCCAUCAGCCUGCAACAACAAGAAGAGAAGGUGCGACCAAGGCGAGGAAGGAAGAGACAGUGAGUUAAAGGAGAAGCCCGCGCAAUGCAAAAAACAUGUCAUUCGCUGA